GCCGAAGUUAAGCUAGCUGAGAGAAGUGGCAUGAUUUAUAAAGGUUUGGGUUGAUAAUUUGGUAAACAUGCAUUGUUUUUAAAGAGAAUAAACAAAACUAUGUUGUAGACUUUUAAAUACAACUGAGGCUGUUGCUAUUCUUCCCAAUCCUAAAGCUUUCUAAACAUUAAGUUUGUGCAACAUUAACUCGAAGAUAAGUUCCUGUGCGACGAUCCACGUCACUGAGACUGAAUCCGGGUAAAUGGCGUCGACGAAUGAUCCAUUCCAGUUUCAAGAAUUUGAAGAAGCUGGCAAUCUGUUGGAAGCCAACAGAGAUGCAACCACCAUUAGCAUUGAAGAUGACGAAAUCCAACCUGAGAAGCAGCGAAAAGGUGCUGGUUUCAUUCCUGAUGGUGAUGACGAGGACCCACUUGCCAGUGAUGACAAGGCAGAGCUUCUCUCUGGGCAAAAGAAAAGUGUCCCCUUCUGGACGUUUGAGUACUACCAGAAAUUCUUUGACAUCGAGACCCAUCACGUGAGGGAAAGAAUCAUUGGAUCAAUGCUGCCAUGGCCUGGAAAGAACUUCAUUCAUGUCCACCUUCGUAGAAAUCCUGAUCUCUAUGGACCAUUCUGGAUUUGCACCACACUUGUGUUUGCUAUUGCCAUCAGUGGAAACAUAUCCAACUUUCUGAUGCACUUAGGCAAACCAAACUAUAGGUAUACCCCAGAGUUUCAAAAAGUGACAAUAGCUGCAACAGCGAUCUUCUGCUAUGCUUGGUUUGUGCCACUUGCCCUGUGGGGUUUCCUGCUAUGGAGAAACAACAAGAUCAUGAACUUAGUUUCAUAUUCCUUUAUGGAGAUCGUCUGUGUGUAUGGAUAUUCCCUCGCGAUUUACAUUCCAGCAGUGGUCCUCUGGAUUAUACAAUAUGAAUGGCUGAGGUGGUGCUCCAUCUUGGUGGCUCUCUGCCUCUCUGGCUCAGUUCUGGUGAUGACUUUCUGGCCUGCAGUCAGGGACGACCACCCCAAAGUUAUCAUAGCAGUCAUGUCGGCCAUUGUUGUGUUCAACGUCCUGCUUGCCGUUGGCUGUAAGACCUAUUUCUUCAGCGUACCAGAAAAACUAGCUGACAUUUCUGCUGCAACAAAUGUGACCAAGUCUUCGACAUGAAAGCCUCUCAUUGUCUAAAGGUUCUCCUGUUGCCUUAUUAGAGAGAAUCGGGUUGCUGUGGCGAUGAAGUCAUGAGUCGUCUGGAUUUCACCUGCACUCGGACAUUCUGGCUCAAGACCUUUAAACUCAGUGUGCAUGCUCGGUUCAACUGCAUGACCUCUGAAAAUGAACACUGGUACCAAGUAUGUUAUUUCUAAUGGGAUGGGGUCUAAAUUUCCUCAAAGAUAAUUGGGGUAUGGUGUUACACAGCAACAUGCAGUAAAAUCUCUUGUAGUAUUCCGCUUUAUAGUUCUUAUGUUGAAAUAUUUAGAUAACCAGUCUGUGCAGAAAUAUUGGUGCAUCGAAGGCAUUUUGUAUAUGCAUUUUUUUAUAUUCAGUUAAUGGGGACUGGCUUGUAUACUUUGUGUAAAUAAUAUUGUGUAUGAACAGCACAACAAAUAUAGGUGUUGGUAAGAUAUUGAAGGGUGGGACCCAUGUACAAAUAGUCAUUGUAUUUUCCUCCGACUGAUAUAACCGCAAGUGCCCUGAACAAAUGCCAAAGACCCAUUCGAAAUGGCCAAGGCAUUUAAAACUUGUGUAACUAUUUUAUUAAUUAAUUUGUUUUUACUGUGACAAACUACAUUUGAUAAAUGUAUAAAAUUUAAUAUGUCAGUUGUCAAUGAACAAGGUGUUUAUUAAUGAAACCAUCAUUAAUAAAGGGGUUAUGACAAUGAUUUACGGUCAACCCGGAGCCUAUUUUCAAGCACAAAUUAAACUCUAUGAACAGAU